AGCGGGCGGGGCUGAGCCCGGAGGCUCCGGGCCGGCCGGGGCGGGGCAGAGGCGCGGUCGGCGGCCACACCAGUUCAGCUGUCGCCUCGGCUCCACGUCGCCACAGGGCCAGUGGGCUGGAGCGCACGGAGCCCAAGCCAGGGGCAGCGUGCAGAGCUAUGGCGGGGCCCGGGCCGGGGGACCCGGACGAGCACUACGACUUCCUGUUCAAGCUGGUGCUGGUGGGCGACGCGAGCGUGGGCAAGACGUGCGUGGUGCAGCGCUUCAAGACUGGCACCUUCUCGGAGCGCCAGGGCAGCACUAUCGGCGUGGACUUCACCAUGAAGACGCUGGAGAUCCAGGGCAAGCGGGUCAAGCUGCAGAUCUGGGACACAGCUGGCCAGGAACGGUUCCGCACCAUUACCCAGAGCUACUACCGCAGUGCCAAUGGGGCCAUCCUUGCCUACGACAUCACCAAGAGGAGCACCUUCCUAUCAGUGCCCCAUUGGAUUGAGGAUGUAAGAAAGUAUGCAGGCUCCAGCAUUGUACAGCUUCUGAUUGGGAACAAGUCUGACCUGGCUGAGCUUCGGGAGGUCCAGCUGGCUGAGGCACAGAGCCUGGCUGAGCACUAUGACAUCUUGUGUGCCAUUGAGACAUCUGCCAAGGACUCAAGCAAUGUGGAGGAGGCCUUCGUGCAGGUUGCCACUGAGCUCAUCAUGCGACAUGGGGGCCCUAUGUUCAGUGAGAAAAGCACCGACCUCAUCCAUCUGGAUAGCAAGGACAUUGGGGAGAGCUGGGGCUGUGGGUGCUGACGGGCAUGGCUGGGCUCCCUCCUUCUCUUGGGCUCUGCACUGGAAGGAGAUGCUGGGAAGGAGGAACCAGACUUCCUGCAGUGCCUGGUGGCUGGGACAAUGAGCUGUGUGUUCUCUACAUUCUAGGACUGCCCUGCAACCUGUCUGACCCCAGGGUGGGAUGGGUUGCCCCAUGCCAUCUUCUUCUUUGCCCAAUGAACUUGACUUUGCAGCUGGUACCCAGAUUAUGCCAGGCUCUUGGGUUCUCUGUCCAGUCUAGUGAGCAGGAGCUAGCUGGACCAGUUCUUGAGUGUAGCCUGUUGAUUCCCCUGCCAAAAGUGGCUUUUUCCCUCAUGUCUGCCACAGCCCUGGAAGUCCCCUGGGCCUGGCUUGCUUCCCUAUCAAGAUCUCAGUUUACUGGUUCUCCAUGUGGCUUCUCAUUUUUCAUUAGCACAAGUGUGGGUAUCAUGGCCCGUGGCAGCUGGAUAUGGCCACAGUGACUAAGCCUUCGGCCUAAGGGGCUAGGAGCUGGCAGGAGAAGGACACUGAAGGGAGAAGCAGCAGCCUUGAGGCACCAGGAUGCAGAAGAGCAGUGGAGGGUAUGCUCAGUUUCUCAAGGUAGGGCUGGGUGCUCAGCAACAAGCCUCAAAGCCACCUGAGUCUGAGGGCCCAGGGGCCCUGGGUGCCCAGCCUCAUUCCUGGGUUCACAGAUCCUCCUGCCACUGUGUUCAUGAUCACCUGCUCCCUAGAGGCCCAGGAAGCCCACGGUUUCUCAAUAACAAAGGCCUCACCUGGAGGCAUGGCCAGCUGACUUUCAUACCCCAGGCCUGUAAUGGUCUCAAGCUAUGCAGGGUGCUAAGGUUGGACAGCAGGUGGGGACCCCUAAAAGACAGCACCAUCCACUGCACAGGGGGAACAGGAUCCUCCCUAUGUACCUUGGCCCUGGCUGUUCGCUGUUCUCUGAGGUUUGGGGUUCAUUGACUCAGUGGUGGUGGUCGUGUACCACCCAGGUGGUCCUUGCCGUACUGCAAGCACAGUGGCCACAGAAGACCCUUUCCUGGGGCUGGGGCAUGGACUUGCUUUCCAGCUGAGACUUGGGUCGGUGGGUGAGCAUGGCGCCCAUGGGGGGCAGGGUCCAGGUGGGUGAGGAGCUACAUUCUCAUGCUGCAUUCCCAACAGCUGCUGAGCCUCUGCCCUCCGUGAUGCUGGGCCUGGGGUGAGCCUCGUUCUGCUAGUUCCAGUUGGCCUGUGCUGUUGGCACCACCCUGGCCCUCCACUGCUGCACCUGAGCCUGCAACCUCUGCCAGGGCUGAGGCCUCUGGGGUCACUGUUAGGACAUGUAGAGCUGAGUCUACCUGGGCACAAAAAGGUCACUUGGAGGGUGACCCUGCAAAGCCCUGCUCUUGGGUGACAGAGCACACUGGGAUCAGGGGUGGUCAUUAGAG